AUGGACUUCGCCGAACGCAGGGCGUCGCUGCAGCAGUUGCCUUUCCGCAACCUCUCGGAGUUCCGCAUGUUUCUCGGCGGCACCAAGACGAUCGAGCGGGUCCUUAUCGCAAACAAUGGCCUUGCCGCGGUAAAGGGCAUUGACUCUAUCCGCUCGUGGCUCUAUGAGCACAUUGGGGAUUCCGAGGCGGUGGAGUUUGUAGUGAUGGCAACGCCGGAGGAUCUGCACGCCAACGCGGAGUUUAUCUCCCUCGCCGACCGCCACGUCCCCGUCCCGGGCGGCCCAAACGCAAACAACUACGCCAAUGUCGACCUCAUCAUGCACACGGCGCUGCAGACCUCCUGCGACGCCAUCUACCCCGGCUGGGGCCACGCGUCGGAGAAUCCGGUGUUGUCGCUGGAGUGCGCCAGGCUUGCGAACAGGGUUGUUUUUCUUGGCCCCUCGGAGUCGGCCAUGUUCGCGCUUGGCGACAAGAUCGCCUCCACCAUCGUGGCGCAGUCGAACGGCGUGCCAACGGUGCCGUGGAGCGGGGAUGAGAUUCGCCUCCCGCCGGGCGUCUUUGAGGUGGACCCGCUGGUGUACGAAAAGGCGUACAUCACCUCCGUGGGGGAGUGCGAGGAGGUGUGUGGCCGGAUUGGGUUCCCUGUCAUGAUAAAGGCCUCGGAAGGCGGCGGCGGCAAAGGCAUCCGCUGCUGCCUGCGCAUGGAGGACGUGCCCGAGAUGUUUCUGGCGGUCUCGGAGGAGGUGAAGGGCUGUCACAUCUUCGUGAUGCGGAUGCUGGAGAAUGUGCGGCACCUUGAGGUGCAGCUGCUCGCCGACAACUACGGCGACUGCAUCGCGGUCCACACCCGCGACUGCUCCGUGCAGCGGCGCCACCAAAAGAUCAUUGAGGAGGGCCCCGCGUUUGGCGUGGACCCCGCGGUCAUCGCCUCGAUGGAGGCGGCCGCGAUACGCCUCGCCAACGCCGUCGGCUACCGCGGGGUCGGCACCGUGGAGUACAUGUACGACAAGGCCACCGGCAAGUUCUUCUUCCUCGAGCUCAACCCCCGGCUGCAGGUGGAGCACCCGGUGUCGGAGCUGAUCUCCGGCGUCAACCUGCCGGCCGCCCUGCUCUGCGUCGGCAUGGGCGUCCCGCUCUACCGGGUGCCGGAGGUGCGCAGCUUCUACGGGGAGCGGCCGUACACGACGACGCCGAUCGACGUUGCGCGGCGCGGGACGCCGCCGGCGAAGGGGCACACCAUCGCCGUGCGCGUGACCGCGGAGGACACGGAGGAGGGGUUUCGCCCCACCUCCGGCCGCGUGGAGGAGAUCACCUUCAGGAACAGCAAGGAGUGCUGGGGGUACUUCUCCAUCGGCCCCGGGGGCGAGGUGCACCAGUUUGCGGACUCGCAGUUCGGCCACAUUUUUAGCUCCGGCGAGACCCGCGAGGACGCGCGCCGCGGGAUGGUCAUGGCGCUGCGCAACCUCGUCAUUCGCGGGGAGAUCCACACCUCCGUCUCGUACGUGCUGGAGCUGCUGGAGCGGGAGGAGUUCAUCGCCUGCGACGUCAGCACGGCGUGGCUCGACCGCCUCAUCGCCGAGCGCGCGGUGCAGCGGCCGCAGGAGCAGGACGUCUACCUCGCCCUCAUCGCCGCCUGCGUCUUCCGCAUGCUGCGCAAGGGCGAGGAAAACGCCGGCAAAUACGUUACCUUUCUAGUUGCGGGGCACGUUCCCUCACCUGACUAUCUAACCAACUGCCUAACUGAGUCGUACGUGAAUCGCGCCAAAAAGUACACCGUCACCAUGGGCUGCGUGAGCCCCAGCGAGGUUGCCGUCUCGCUCAACGGCAGCGUCGUCACGGUGCCCUUCCGCAGGCUGAAGUCGGGGGGACUGCAGCUGCGCAUAGGGGGGAGAAGUUUCAUCGCCUACGCGGCGAAGGAGCCGACGAGUCUGCGCAUCUCCAUCGGCGGCAAGGAGACCACCUUCACCGGCGACACGGACCCGACGAAGAUCUUGUCGUCCGUCCCGGGCCGCUUCGUGCGCUACGUCGUCAACGACGGCGGGCAGGUGGCGGAGGGCCGCACCAUCGCGGAGGUGGAGGUGAUGAAGAUGAUCCUGCCGCUGCGGGCGACCGCGGCGGGGGUGCUGCACCACCGUGUGGCGCCCGGCAGCACCAUCGCCGUCGGCACCGUCGUCGGCGACAUCACGCUGGCGGACCCAAGCAACGUCUGCCGCCCGCAGGAGGCGCAGGAGCCGUGGCCCGCGCCGCUCGUCGGGGAGCGGGAGCGGCGGCUGGAGCGGCCCAACGGGCUCACGCGGGCCCAGCUCGGCGUGGAGGCGCUGUACAACAUGCUGCGCGGCUACCACUUCCCCGGCACCUCGCUGGCGCGGCGGCUGCAGGAGGCAUUUGACAACCUCUCCUCCCUUUGCCUCUCCACCGUCGCCCUCAACGCGGCCAACUUCCCGCUGCUCGCGGCAGCGCUCUCCGCCGCGGCGCGGGACGAGGCGGCGGCGGCGACGACGCCCAACGAGAAGCUCAAGACCGUCCUCAACGCCCUCGUGGCCGACUACAUCGCCGUGGAAGGGCCGUUUGCGCGGUGCAGUCGACAGGAGGCGAUCCAGCGCCUGCGCGCGGCGGAGGAUGACGCAAUGGAGGUGUAUGCGCUGGACUUUGCCCACCACCAGCCCUGCCACCACGAGGUCAUCAAGGGGCUGCUGCACAUGCUGGAGACCAACAGGCUGCUGCUGAAGUCCCUGCAGGACACCCUCUCCUCCCUGCUGGAGCUGAGCUCCGUCACGCACGGCUCCCUUGCCCUGCAGGUGCGGUAUCUGCUGCGGCAGUGCAGCCUUCCCUCCUUCGAGGAGCGCAAGACGACCUUCGCAAAGGAGCUGGAGGAGGGCCGCAUCACCGACCUUAUUCAGGGCAGCUACGGCGACGACCUCAUGUGCGCCGUCAUGUUCGACCACAGAACACCGCAUCUUGUGCAGCUCUGCCUCGAGCUGUACAUUCGCCGCGAGUACUUUGGCGAGAGCCACGUGAAGAACCUCGACAUCUUCGUCCAGGACGGCUGCUGGUACGGCUCCUACGAGUACGAGCCGCUCGAGGACCACGACCCGCUGCGGGCGGAGUGUAUCUCCCCUUGCGAGGACAACGGCCUCGACGGUGCCCCGGAGAGCAAAGGCGCAGGCUUCUGCGUGAUGUUCGCCGACGACCGGGUUCUGUGGGAGACGUGGACGACGGCCCUCGACAACGUCAUGCGCCACGUCCCGCACGAGAACGUUGUCUGCACCGUCUUCUUCGCCGUCAGCGUCCAGGCGGACGCCGAGGAGGCGGCGCGGCGCUGCCAACAGCUGCUGCACGCACACACGCAGGCGCUGCUGCAGCACGACAGCCUGCGGCGCGUCACGUUCAUUGCUCACGGCAUCCCCGACGGGCCGCACACCUUCACCUACCGCCAGUGCCACGGGUGGCGCGAGGACACGCUGAUCCGCAACAUCGCCCCGCUCUCUGCGCGGCGCCUUGAGCUGCACCGCCUGGUGAACUACGACGUCGUCAUGUACCCGACGCCGUUCAAGGACGUGCACGUGUUUCGGGCGACGCCCAAGAAGAGGAAUCCGUCGCACUUGGAGAGUCGCAUGUUUGCGCGGGUGUUCCUGAGUCCGCGGGACUUGGGCGUCGAGGCCUGGACCGAGGCGAACGAGAUUGACGCGGGGCACAUGCUCGCCAAGUGCUUCAAUGCCCUGGAGUUUGCGCGCAACGACAACACCUUCAAGUACCCCACCUACAACCACAUCUUCAUCAAAAUGGCGGAGCUGACGUUUGACGUGGCCGAGAUGAAGCGCCUGUUCGAGCACGUCGGCGUGUCCUACAGGCAGCGGCUGGGCUACCUGGGCGUCGCCGAGGUGGAGCUCUCGUUCAACGUGCGGGUGAGCAGCGGAUGCAUCCCGUUCCGCGUUUUUAUCUCGUCGCCCUCGGGCUACAACGUCAUCAUGCGCACCAGCUACGAGUGGAUUGAGAACGGCAAGAUUUGCCUGCGCCGCGCGGAGACCUCCGAGGACGUGGCCAUCACGGCCAACUACAUGUCCAGCGAGAACAUCAACGAGGCCUUUUUCGAGGCAAAGGACGGCGGCAGCGGCAACGGCGGUAACGGCGGCAACGGCGGCAACGGCGGCGCCACGCUGCGCACGCUGCUGCGCACGGCGUCAAAGCUGUCUGCGCUGCGCACUCUGCUGCCCUCGCGUGACCCGACGGAGGCGGCGGCGGCGGCCGCCGUUGGCGGGGGCGAGGAGGUUGAGGAGAAUGUCCCGCUGGGGCCGUACCCAAUGGUCUCCGAGAAGCAGCUGAAGCGUCUCCAGGCAAGGGCCCUCAACACCGUCUACGCGCACGACUGGCCGCAGCUGCUUCUCACCGUGCUGGGCAAUCAGUGGAGGCAGCACGCGCGCGGGCGAGGCUUCUCGCGCGACCGCAUUCCAAAGGAGCUGGUCAAGGCGAAGGAACUCUUUCUUGACGCGGCCGAUGGCAAGACGCUCUGUGAGGAGAAGCGACCGGGCCACGUCCAAUGCGGCAUGGUCGUGUGGCUGGUGACGCUGCGCCCUCCGACGUACUACAACAGCGAGGCGGACGAGGCUGGAAGCCGCCGCAUUGUGAUGGUCGCCAACGACAUCACGUUUCUGUCAGGCUCCUUCGCCGUCCCGGAGGAUGACGUGUUCAGCGCGGCCUCCGAGCUGGCGCGACGACUGCGCGUGCCGUUUGUGUACAUCAGUGCCAACAGUGGGGCGCGGCUUGGGCUGAGUGUGGAGGUAAAGAAGCGGUUUCGCGUCGCCUUGAGUGAGACGAACGAGGUGGAGUAUUUGUACCUCAUGCCGGACGACUACGAGGAGCUGACGCGGCUUGGUGUGCGGCUCGCGGUGGAGCCACGGCAGGAGGCGGGGGAGGCUGCGGCGCGUUACGUGCUCCACGGCAUUAUUGGUGGGCCCGAGGAGUAUUUGGGUGUGGAGAACUUGCGUGGGUCCGGUCUUGUGGCGGGGCAGAUGUCGAAGAACUACAGCGAGGUGCCGACGAUCAGCGUUGUGACCGGGCGCAGCGUUGGCAUUGGCGCCUACUUGAACCGCAUUGGCCGCCGCGUGAUUCAGACCGACGAUGCCCCGCUCAUCCUGACAGGCGCCACCGCGCUCAACCGUCUGCUUGGCACGGAGGUGUAUAGCGACAACAGCCAGCUGGGCGGAAAGCAGGUGAUGGUGCCGAACGGUGUGACGCAUUGGAACACAAAGAACAACUACCGCUCUGCAGAGGCCCUGCUGGGCUGGCUGAACUACGUCCCGCCCACGGUCGACCCCCUGCGCUGCUGCCCGCGCGUGCUUGCCCUGCCCUACCCUGACCCCGUCGACCGCGACGUGACGUUCGCGCCGGGCGGCGGGGAGGCGUACGACCCACGGCAACUGGUGUGUGGCGUGGGCGGCAAGCUGGGGCUGUUCGACCGCGGCUCGUGGACGGAGUCGUCGGAGGGGUGGGCGAAGUCCGUCGUGACAGGGCGGGCGACGCUUGGCGGCAUUCCGUGCGGCGUCAUCCUUGUCGAGACGCGGCUGACGCGCAAGUACACCCCCGCCGACCCCGCCGACCCCACCUCCGCCUCCUCCUUCGUUCCGCAGGCGGGGCAGGUGUGGUUCCCCGACUCCGCGCGCAAGACGGCAGACGCGCUGGACGACUUCCAGCACGAGCGGCUCCCGUGCUUUAUUCUGGCCAACUGGCGCGGCUUCUCCGGCGGAAUGCGGGACAUGUUCGACGAGGUGCUCAAGUUUGGGGCCGCCAUCGUCGACAACGUCCGCGUGUACAGCUGCCCCCUCUUCAUCUACAUUCCCCCGCACGGCGAGCUGCGGGGCGGGGCGUGGGUCGUCGUCGACCCCCUCAUCAACCACAACGGGGCGGUGGAGAUGUACUGCGACCUCACCUCCCACGGCGGGGUGAUGGAGCCCGCCGGCGUCGUGGAGAUCAAAUUCCGCGAGGCCGACGUCCGCGGGCUCAUCCGCCGCAACAACCCAGGCCUCGCCGCGCUGGAUCCGAAGCAGCUGCGCGAGGAGGAGAACCGUCUCCUGCCGCUCUACCGCGACGUCUCCGUCCGCUUCGCGGAGCUGCACGACACCCCGGUGCGCAUGGAGGCCAUGGGCGCCGUGCGGGGCGUGGUUCCGUGGAAGGACAGCCGACGCCUGUUCCACGCCAAGCUGCGGCGCAAACUGAAGGAGCUCUCGCUGGCGGCCACUAUGGUGGAGGCAGGGACCGUCGCUUCCCUCUCGGAGGGGGUCCGCAAGAUCGAGGCGGCCUUUGCGCAGGAGCACCCUGGGAUUAAGUGGGGGAGCGACGAUGCGCUGCACUUGCAGUGGCUCACCGAGAAGGAGACGACAGACGGUUUCUUCGGCGGUAGCGGCGUGUCGUCGUUGCCGCCGCCGCUGGCGUCAGACUCGGCGCCCGCGCCCACGGCGUGGGAGUUGACGCGGCUGCUGGCCCAAUGCCAGGCUGCCGGCACACUAGAAGCCUGCUUCAAUAGCCUCUUUGCGGACAAGCGUGUGCUGCAGGCUGCAAUGAAGGCAAUGCGGCAAACGCGGCAGAGUGAGGAAGUAUUAAAGGAUUUUAUCUUCCCUGAAGACUAA